AAAAGAGAGAAAUAUUGAUCGAUCGAUGGGAAAAGGGAGAGCAGCAUGCUGUGAUAAGAGUAAGGUGAAGAAGGGAGCAUGGAGUUGUGAAGAAGAUCUCCGUCUCAUAACUUUCAUUCAGAAGCAUGGUCACCAAAAUUGGCGAUCCCUCCCUAAACAAGCUGGAUUACUGAGGUGCGGAAAGAGUUGUCGUUUGAGGUGGAUUAAUUACUUAAGACCUGAUCUCAAGCGAGGAAAUUUCACCCCUCAAGAAGAGGACACUAUCAUCAAAUUGCACCAAUCUUUUGGAAACAAAUGGUCAAAAAUUGCUUCUCAUUUGCCUGGAAGAACAGAUAACGAGAUUAAAAAUGUAUGGAAUACACAUUUAAAGAAACGACGACUCAUACACAGUGAAGCAAAGUUAGAUGAUUCAUCAUGUGCCUAUAAUUCACCUUCAUCAACUUCAGUAUUGUCACAUGCCAAUACGAUAAUUCAUGAGAAAGAAGAAGCAAAAAGAUCUUGCUCUUCCUCCUAUAAUGCUUCAUCUAGUCUCUCCAACUUGAGCCAAGUUGAGAUCAUUUCAAGUCCAAAUAUUAAUCAUGUAGAUAUGGAUUGGAUAUUCCAAUUCAAUGAGGAGCCUAAUAAUUAUCUUGAGUUGACAAGGGUACUGCAAGAUGAUGGGAUAAUUGAAAUCCCAUUGGAAUGUGAUCAUGUUGAUAUUUGGGACAUGUUAGAUAUUAUGGACCCUCCACUCCAAACUGGACAUGAAUAAAGCAUCUCAGUCACUUUUUGAAAAUGAAUGCCAAAACUGGUUCACAUACUUUGAAAAUGAAUUAUUAGGUGUCGUGUGUCUAAGCCACACUACUACUAGUAAUUGUUACCAUCAACUGCACUAAUUAUGCAAUUAAAGUCCAACCUCUUACUAAGAAAUUUUGUGUCUCAUACAACUGUGGCAAUUGUCUGAGACACAAAAUAAUUGUUUGACUUUAAUAUAAUUACUAGUAUCUAUUAACUAGCUAGAGAUUAAUACA